CGACCCUCGACCUUCCCGCUGAAGCUUGCUCAAUUGCAUUCCUUGACACCAUGGCGGGCGAAGAAGCCGCGCAGCCCUCGCCGUCGUCGCACAGGCUUCCCACCGUCUCGGCAUCGCAAGCUCUCCAGCACUUCAACGCCCGUGGCGCCCGCACGGUAUCAACAGGCAUCACACAGCUCGACAAGGUCCUCUCGGCACCGAGUCCUCCAGGCCACGAUGUUUCGGGCGGAUAUAUACGCGGCAAAGUGACUGAGAUAUUUGGCCCGUCGGGAGUCGGGAAGACGGCAUUUGGGAUACAAGCCGCCGUCUCGGCAUUGCACGAGGGCCAGCGAGUUGUUUGGAUUGAUGCCGCCUGUGCGCCUCUGGUGCAGCGCCGUGUCAGUGAGAUGCUUGCCUCAUGUCGACAAGGUCCCCCGCAUCGGUCUGGAGAGAAGUCGGAAUCACCCGCGGUGUCUCUAGAGGAUAUGCACGGUCGUUUUCACUAUACAGCCGCACCUACGCUUGCACAUGUCCUGGCUCUCUUUAUACACCCACCGGCUGUGUUUCCCCCGCAAGACACGAGCCUGGUAGUCAUCGACUCGCUCGCAACUCUCGUCGAUAAUGCAUACCCCCGCCAUGCAGAAGAUCGCCAGGCCAAAAACAAGACGGAGCAGGCGCGAUGGGCUGCAGGACGUCGAUUUUCCGUGGUGAAUGAGCUAAUCUCGGCAUUUACCAGGUUUGCUGCACGGCACGAUAUCGCCUUGCUUAUCACAAGUCAGACCAUCACACGUAUCCGAGGGGCCUCACGAGCAUUAUUGGUACCGGCAAUAUCAGGGGUCGAGUGGGAAACCGGCAUAUCCACUCGGCUGGUUCUCUUCAGAGACUGGGUCCGACACGGGAAACCCAAUGACAAGUCAGACGCCGAUAGACUGCAAAGAGCCCGAUUCGCCGGCCUUGUCAAAGUAAAUGGCGUCGCUCUUGCAGAAGAAGGGGGUGUUGGCAAUGUGGUGGCCUUUACCAUUGAAACUAGUGGUCUUUGCGACAUAAGCAUAACGGCCAACGACAUUACAGCACCGUUCCUUGUUUCAGCACAAACCCGCCCAUCGAAAAGAGCAUUUGCCGAAAUUGACGAGGAUGCUGGUGAAGAACCAAAUUCUGACGAGCUGUAUGGCUGGAUAGAGGACGAUGAAGUUGGCACCGAGGGCUUGCUGAUUGACGAAGCCCUUAUCAAUGAAGACGACGCAAGCUCCCACUUAGAUGUCGUUACAGACAGCCACAGGAAGAAGAUUACACGAACUUCUCCUGCUCAAGACUGA